CGGAGUUUGAAGCUCUUCGGAAAAACCAUGGAGACUAGAUAAGGAGCCCGAACUCAAACGGGAUAAUUGACAGAGUCUGCCCACUAAAAUCGUACCGGUUAAGUUACCUUUUUUCACCACUAGCGUCGCUAAUGUUCCUUUUGUACUGACGUGAAUAUAGCAUCGUAAAUACAUGUGAAGUGAGCAAGUAAAUGUCAACCGCAUUUUUUGUAAGUAAACAAUAACAAAUGUGUCGAACAAUCUCGUGAUAUAGUUUAAAUAAUUUUGUAAGUUUUAUUUUUAUAAAAAAAUAAAAAAUGGGUAGGGUGUGUGCUAUUAAAAAUUGUAAUAGUGGAAGUGCCGCUGAUAAAAAGCGACGGAGUCAAUUAAAUUUAAAAGGUCCAGGAUUUUUUAAAGUACCACAGAGAUUGUUUUCUAUUAUGAGAUACAGUUGUGGUGCCAAUGAUCAUUCAACUCCUCAGCAGUUUGGUCAAGUUUUUCGUUUGUAUUGUUGCAAUGCCAUGAUUAAACCGCCAAAAGGUUCAAAUGUAACUGGAGUUAAAUUACUUCAAACUCUAAUGAAGACAAAGGACUCAUUGGAAAUGUCUCGUCAGCCGCGAAUGGAGUGGUUGGAAAAAAUUGACCAAAUGCUUGAGAACGCUGUACCACUUGAUGCAAUUUGGCAAGAUAAUUCAUCCAACAAUAGCGAUGGCACUGCUAUGAGUGAAAAUGACUUAAGCGAUACAAUUACAGAAUCAGAGCCAAAUACUUCUAUAACAGAGGAAUGCAUGCUUCAAGACCAUGAUUAUGACGUUGUGUCAACAAGCCGAGAAGUUCAGGCUUACAUGGCCGGUUAUAUCGUUAGAAAACUUAAAGCUAAGUGUAAGUGCCUAUUGUGCUUAAAAAGUCUUCAAUCGUCUAAUGAUGAAUCGCAUUGCCGGGACCGUUUCAUUGAUUUAAUGGAAAAGUAUGGAGGAUUAUCGCGAGCAAGUGACAGUUUAUUUCAAUUGACUGUGCAAUUAGAAGCUGCUUUUUUGGACGUUGUUGGUAGAGUGGGGCUGAGUCAUGGAAUUAUUUAUAAAAUAUUAAACCGAGUUGAGAAAAUUCUACCAACAUUAUCAUUAGUAGGGUGUGCAGUUCAUCAGCUUGAAAUCACCAAAGAAAUAAUUGAUUUUUACAUAACCAUGAGGCUGUAUUUUCUCGGUAGAACUUUUAACAAGAGAAAUCAGUUGAGAAGAGAAAAAAUGAAAACUCUGAAAAAAACUUCUAAACUAGUAACAUAAACUAUAAUUUAAACGAAUCUUAUUUUAAAUAUUCAUUACUUGAAUUAUUAUCUUCUAUUUAAUUAAUCAU